AUGGCUGUCUUCCGUCCCGCUCUUCUCUCCGCCUCCCUCGGCCGAGCAUGGCUCCACGACUUCACAAAAAAAGCCCAGCAAGCAGCCGAGGCUGGCUUUGAAGGAAUCGAGAUCUUCUACGAGGACCUAGAGUAUCAGGCUAAGCAGCUCAGCAACAUCAAAGCCCCAACCAUCGAUCAUCUCCUUGCUGCAGCUUUACACAUGCGCAAGGUCGUAGACGGCCUCAACCUCCAAGUCAUCGGCCUCCAGCCCUUUCUCUUCUACGAGGGUCUGGUCGAUCGUGAGCAGCACGCCCGGCUCAUCGAGAAAGCCAAGCUGUGGUUUAAGAUCGCCGCGCUCCUUGGGACAAACACCAUCCAGAUCCCGGCCAAUUUCCUACCUGCCGACAAGUUGACGGGGGACAUGGACGUCAUUGUAGCAGACAUGCUAGAGCUCGCAGACAUGGGGCUGAAAGAGGAUCCACCCAUUCGCUUUGCCUACGAGAGUCUUUGCUGGAGCACGCAUAUCGACACGUGGGAGAAGUCAUGGGAGGUGGUCAAACAAGUCGAUAGGCCAAACUUUGGUCUUUGCCUCGACACGUUCAAUAUCGCCGGUCGGGUGUGGGCUGAUCCGGCGUCUCCGACUGGCAAGACGCCCAAUGCAGACGCGGACUUGAAGGAGUCUCUGGAUAGGCUCCUCCGAGACGUUGAUCUCGAAAAGGUGUUUUACAUCCAGGUUGUUGACGCGGAAAAGAUGGACUCCCCACUUGUGAAAGGACACCCGUUCCAUGUGGAGGGCAACCCGCCGAGGAUGAACUGGUCGAGGAACGCCAGAGCGUACAUCUACGAGACUGACCGGGGGGCGUAUUUACCUGUUGAAGAUAUCGCGCGGGUGCUCAUUGGGGGGCUGGGAUACAAGGGAUUUGUCUCGAUGGAGCUCUUCUCGAGGACCAUGGCUGAGGAGGGAGAGGAUGUGCCGAGGCAGCAUGCUCAGAGGGGGAUUGCAGCGUGGAAGAAGUUGGCUGAGCGUCUGAACCUGAACUAG